GCUAAAUCCUUAAAGAAAACACAUGUUUUUUAGUUACAACUAGAACUUGUUUUUCUUUGUCUUGUUUCGACUCUUGAACUUUUCUUGAGCCGCUCAUCGCUCAACCGCUGAAUUUGCCUGAAUUUGCGCUGAAUGCUGCUCUUGUGCACUUUGUAAACGAUUAAUUUUGUCGGCCUUUUUAGCCUUAUGCCCUUUAUUUUGUAUUUUAAAAGCUGAAAAAAUGAGCCGGGACAUUCGUUCAUUCUUCAGCGGCGCUUCCACCAAGAAAACUGUUGCAGAGAAAGAUGAGCCAAAAGAAUUUGUUGUAAAAAAGAGAAAGAAAAAGGUCAUCGAAUCCGACAGCGACGAUGAAGUGCAAUUAGUCACUCAAAAGAAAGCUAAGCCGCAGGAGGUUAAAAAACAAUGUCCAAAGUCGGAUGCAAUCGAAGACAUUUCCAGUAUCUUCGGAUCGAAACCUGCCAAACGCUCAUCUUUAACAACUAAAAAGGAUGUGUCUCCAAAGAAAAGUAAGAAUGAAGGAGAAAAUGGAUUGAAUACUAAAAUGCAAAAAGGCAAAAUUGAAUCUGAAGUUCAUAGUGAUGAUGAUUUUAUUGCAACUUUAGACCAAAUUGACAAGUUAGAAAAGAAGUACUCCCCAGCAGCUAAAAAUUCGAAGAAGACUAAUUUUGCUGAAGAAAAGUCUCUUGGAGACAAAAAGAGGUGUGCUGAAAAAGGAGAGCCACAAAAGCCUGCUAAAAUCUCUAAGCUAUUAGGAAAAAAUGAAGAUGAACCCAAAGAGAAGAAUCCAAAAGUCAAGGAAAAAUCUAAAGAGAAAACCAAAUCGCCUGAAUGUAAAGCCAAGCUUUCUAAAGCAGAACCAAACGAUGCAGCGCUGGAAGAAGCUUGGGAUAAAAGAAAACAACAUGCUGAAAGCUAUAGGAAGUUCCUCCAGAGGAAAGGCCCAGCACAUAUGGGAGAAAAGGAGAUCCCAGAAGGAGCUAAAAACUGUUUGCAGGGACUGACAUUUGUUGUCACCGGAGUUUUAGAUUCUCUGGACAGAGAAGGGGCUUCGGAACUUGUUCAGAAGUAUGGAGGAAAGGUCACGAGCAGUGUCAGCAAAAAUACCAGCUAUUUGGUAGUUGGAGAGGAUGCUGGGCCAUCUAAGCUGGAAAAGGCAAAAAAUUUCAACAUUCCCAAUAUUGAUGAGGAUGGUCUUUUGGAUUUGAUUCGCACAAGACCAACUCCUACAUUGACACUGGCAAAGACUGGCAAACAAACUACUCCUGGGGGAAGAAAGAUUAAGAAAGAGGAUCCCCCAAAACAAAAAACUCCAGUUAAAAAAGAAGAGGAUAAGAUGCUCCAAACAGUCAAAAAAAAUUCCCAGGCAUCGUCCUCUGGAAGCCAGGCAAUGAAUAUGGGCAGCCAGCAAUCAACAUCCUCUUAUGGAUCUCAGGCAACACUGCCACCGAGUCCUGUGAUCUCAGCUGGCGACCAGGCUAUGUGGGUUGACAAGUAUAAGCCGCAAAGCGUCAGGCAAAUCAUAGGGCAGCAAACAGACAGAAGUAUUGCCAAGAAACUCACCCAGUGGCUGUUAGAUUGGAACAAAAACCACUCUAACCCUAAUGAAAAGAAGCCUAGACCUGCUCCCUGGGCAAAGAAUGAUAAUGGAUCCGCCUUCAAAGCUGCUCUGCUCUCAGGACCUCCGGGAAUUGGAAAAACUACCACUAUCCAGCUUGUUUGCAAAGAAUUAGGAUUUGAUAUUGUCGAGUUCAAUGCGUCAGACACACGAUCAAAGAAGCUCCUCCAACAAGAAGUUAGUGAAAUGCUUUCCACUCAGAGCUUAACAGGAAUGUUUCAUGGAAACAAAAAAGAGGCAAUGUCGAAGAAACGCGUGUUGUUGAUGGAAGAAGUUGACGGAAUGGCCGGAAAUCAGGACAGAGGUGGCAUUGCUGAGCUUAUCAUGUUGAUUAAAAAGGCUAAAGUUCCUGUCAUUUGCACUUGCAAUGACCGUGGAUCCCAAAAGAUUCGCAGUCUGGUUAACUACUGCUUUGAUCUGCGCUUCCAAAAGCCAAAGCUUGAGCAAAUUAGGGCUGCACUGAUGACAAUCUGUUUCAAAGAGAAGGUCAACAUCCCAAAAGAUGCAUUGGAUGCUAUGAUUGUUGGGACAAACUAUGAUAUUCGUCAGAUCAUUCACAUGAUGAGUGUGUGGGCUGCUGGUCAGACCAAAGUUGAUACAGGAUUGAUGGAGAAGGAAUCAAAAAAAUCUAAAAAGGAAUUCAAACUGGGCAUUUGGGAUGUCACACCUAAAGUUUUCAGUGCUGAGCUAAGUGGCAACACCAAGAAUGCCAUUUAUGAUAAAACGAACCUCUUUUUUCAAGACUACAGUUUGGGCCCUUUGUUUGUCCAAGAAAAUUACCUUUCUGCUGUGCAUGGUGUUGAGGGUGGCGCAAACAUGAAGAAAAAAUUGGAAUUGAUGUCCAAAGCAUCCGACAGUCUUGCCAAAGGUGAUUUGGUGGAGAAUCUUAUAAGGGUGAAUCAAGCCUGGGGACUACUGCCUGUGCAGGCAAUUUACUCUACGGUAGUUCCGGGCAUUGUUCUCCGGGGACGUUUGACUAGUCAGGCAAUGUUCCCGUCUUGGCUGGGAAAGAAUUCUAGGAAGAACAAGUUCGACAGACUGGCAAGCGAACUUCAAUUGCACAUGCGACUUUCAAUUACUGGAAGCAAGAGUUCCGUCCAACUGGACUAUCUAAACGCCCUUCAAGACAGAAUUUUUACUUCCAUGAAUGAAAGGGGGAGUGAUGGUGUGGCCGAAGCCAUUGACGCCAUGGUUGGCUACAAUCUCAUCCGGGAUGACCUAGACAAACUGGCCGAGCUUUCCACCUGGGGCUCAAACUCUUUGAGUCCUUGGCAGCAAAUUGAAGGCAAGGUGAAGGCGCAAUUGACCCGCGAGUACAACAAGAUGCCCAUCAUGACUCCAUUUGCCAUGCAGUCGGUGAGCAGCAAGAAGGGAGGUGUGGGAGCAGCAGAUAUUGACGAUUUGUAUGGCUUGGAUGAGGAAGAUGCUGUUGUGUAUGAAUCUGAUGAUGAAGAAGACAAUGAUGCUGGAAAGGACUCUAUGAUAAAGGCCAAGAAACCCUCAGCCAAAGCAGAAAGUAAAGGCAAAAGCACAAAGGGCAGGAGUGCUACCACUGCUGCCAAAAGGAGCAAGAAAUAAUUUAAAUCUACCAAGGCCUCUUACAAUUAUACCAAUUUUCAUGUUAUACUAGAAAUAAAAGCAAUUCAAUAAGGAAUGUUUCUAGUUUUA